AUGUUGAGCUUCUUACUUCUGCUCUUUAAGCUCAGCACACUCAAGACCGACCAUGGUAAGUUACAUUUGGAUGAAAUUCUAUCUUCCUCUUGGUAUUUAGAAAUCCAUGUAGUUGUAGAAAAAAAAUUGAACCUUUGCAACUACCAAGGUCAUGUUGAAGGUUUUCCAAAUUCUGUGGUGACCAUUAGCACUUGUUCCGGAUUAAGGGGAUUGAUACAAUUUGAGAAUAUCAGUUAUGGAAUUGAACCACUAGAGACUGCAGUUAGAUUUGCACACAUGAUAUAUCCUAUAAAGAGUAAGAAUGCAAGCUAUUCUUUAUAUGCCAAGAUGGAUAAUGAAAAACGUCAGCUGUCCCAUAAAAUUCCAAGGAUUAAGUAUGAAUAUUUAGGUUCUGAUGCAGCUGUUGUCACUCAGAAAGUUUUCCAGGUGAUUGAACUUACAAGUACAAUGUUCACUUCUUUUAAUAUUACAUUAGUUUUGUCUUCACUGGAACUUUGGAUAGAUAAUAAUAAAAUUCCUGUAACUGGAGAUGCUAAUGAAUUACUCUAUAGAUUUUUAAACUGGAAAAGUACUUAUCUUGUUUUACGUCCCUAUGAUGUGACAUUCUUACUUGUUUACAGAGACAAAUCUAACUAUGCUGGUGCGACAUUAAAAGGGAAGAUGUGUGAUAAAAAAAGUGCUGGAGGUGUUGCUCUGUACUCUACAACCAUAAGCCUGGAAGCCUUUGCAGUCAUCAUAGCUCAGUUACUUGGUCUCAGUAUGGGGAUCGCAUUUGAUGACAUUAAUAAAUGCCACUGCUCAGGAGCUGCCUGUGUAAUGAGUCCAGAAGCCAUUCAUUCCAGUGGUGUGAAGAUCUUCAGUAACUGCAGCAUAGAAGACUUCAUACAUUUCAUUUCAAAGCCAGUUUCUCAGUGUCUUCAAAAUAAGCCACAUCUGGAGCCAUCUUACAAAACUUCAAGUUGUGGUAAUAAACUUGUGGAAGACGGGGAGCAGUGUGACUGUGGGCACCUUGAGUUUAGAGCAAAAGGAGAAAUAUGUAGGUUAUCAGAAGAUGAAUGUGACCUCACUGAAUAUUGCAAUGGUUCCUCUAAUUUCUGUCCAAAGAACUUCUAUCUUCAUGAUGGUUAUCGAUGCAACAUGAAUCAGUGGGUCUGUAUGAAAGGAAAAUGUUGGGAUGGUACUAGGAUAUGUGAAGAAAUCUAUGGACAAGGUACUCUGUAUGGUUCUCAAGCCUGUUUUGAAGAAAUUAAUUCUAGGAAUGAUCAAUUUGGAAACUGUGGCUUAAGUCUUAGAGGAUUUGUACCAUGUACUUUGAGCAACCUACGUUGUGGAAAAUUAGUGUGUAUAUACAGAAGUAAAUUUCCAUUCUCAAAAGAAAAUGCUGAAGUUCUUUAUACCAGGGUAAAAGGAGACUUAUGUGUUAGCCUGUAUUUCCCCGACAGAAAUACAACUGACCGCCAUAUGUGGGUACCAAGUGGAACCAUCUGUGGUAAUAAUAAAAUUUGUAUAGAAAACAUGUGUGUGGAUGACAAUCUUUUGCCUAAAGAAUGUACCAAUGAAAAAUGCAACCACAAGGGAGGCCCUGACUCCGCUGACUGGAGGCACCCAUUCCUGGUGCCUGGACCACUGAACACGUUUAAAAGACCUUAUCUGGAUGUGGGGACACUCCUGCAUGCUGUCAAAAAGCCCUCCCAGGCUUUUUUAUGGAAGUCCUGGCCCUGCUGCCUGGAAGUCCUGCCACUGCAAACUGGAGGCCCCACCCGAAAUGCCCAGAAGUCCCACCCUUGCCACUUGGAGGUCCUGGACCCUCCAUCUGGAGGACCUGGCACCACAGUCUGGAAGCCCCAAACCCAGCGCCUAGAUGAAGACCUGCUGCCACCCCUCUGA